GACAAAUAUUUAGGAACGGAGGGAGUAUAUGUGAUGAUUGAUUAUAUGUAAUUUUUUACCAAUGAUGUUAUACUCUUAGCUGGUUGCAUUUGCGCGGAAAGUUUAGUACCAAUGGUGAUGCUAUUCUUUCAUAAAAUUACAUUUCUGUUGAUUCAUAUCACACUAAGCUGUUUAUGCAAAGAAGAAAUGGAAAACCACAAUAGACCAUUAGUUUUGAUGUUUGCUGUUACAUCUAAGCUUCUGCUGUGAAUUUACUUGUAGGGCCGAGAUGUCUGGUGAACGCAAACAAUUGGAACUUCAUACACGGCUUACUAAAACGGUGGUCGAAAUAAAUGGUGAUUGCCCUGAUCCAACUCCGGAAGAUGAAAAUAAAAGAAAAUACUUCCCCAUGAUUGGUACAAUUGUUGUGGCGGCACCAGAUUUCUGCUUCGUGGUAGUGAAAAGUUCUUUAAUAGAAAAACAUGGAAUUUACACAAUUAAUCGUGAUGGAAAAAGUAUUAACAUUAAAGCCGAAGACUUUAUUUUAUCAAUUGGAACUUUGGCUGGGUUCUAUCUUUAUCACAACCAGUUACCAUAUGAUAUCGAGAAGGUGGAAGCUGUUGAAUUUGGUGAAGAAGUUGAAUUGUUUGAUGUAGUUUAUCUUUGUGACUUAACAUUUGGACUUACUAAGCUGUCCUUUGACCUCACAGAUGGUCAUGUCAUGGAUACAGAUGGAGUCAAUUUUGUCCAUAAUUGUGCUCAAAGCUUGCACACUGGCCAAGGUGCACCUGUUUUUUCUGGAAAGGGUAAACUUGUUGGCCUAUGUAUUCUGAACAUACAAGGCCCAUCCAUUGCUCUCACUGUGACCCAAAUAAAACAGAAUCUGAUGAGGAUAUACAAAACUAAGACACUCGAGAAGUUUUUUGAAGAAGUACGGGCAUCAGCAGGAAAUGCCAAGGCGCCAGCUUCAGCGAUGGAUGUUGAUUGA